AUGUCCUCCAUGAGCUCCCGCUUCAGCAAGUCUCUCUUCCGUCGCGACAAGAAGCAUCAGCAACACAAUCCUCCAGCCACGUCGGUGUCGGCCAACCCCCUCGUCAUCAACCCCUCCAACGGCACUUCUCCCACCUCGCCGCCCUCCCACCGCAGUUCCUCAUCCACCACCCUCUCCGUCACUCAGUCCAGCCAAGUCACUGGGCCUCCCAGCUUUCCUUCAGGGCGACCCACCAGUCCCAUGAUUCCCGGUCAACUGACCCAGCACCCCGCCCCGCUCAACCCCAGUACCACCAUGCAAUACGCCGGCCACCCACCGCAGCCGAUGAACCCGCCGCCGGGCUACAGCAUGCAGCCGCCUCAGCAACCGCUCGGGCACCUCCCCCCAGCGCUGGGCCAGCAGACCCAAUACCGCAACCCGGCCGUCGAGGUCGAGGCGGCAAAUCGCAACAAGGCACAGCUCAUCGUCGGAAUCGACUUUGGCACCACCUUUUCCGGUGUCGCAUUUGCCUUUGCCACCAACAACGAGGCUCGGGAGGAUAUCAUCACCGAGUGGCCGGGCGCAGGCACUCACACAAAACAAAAGAUUCCGACCGUCCUCUACUAUGACCAGUACCAGAAAGUGGUCGGCUGGGGCCCAGAUAUCGCCGAGGCGCUUGCGCCCACAGGAUAUCCCAAACCAGGCGUGCAAAAGGUGGAAUGGUUCAAGUUACAAUUGAUGCUCUCGGGCAACACCUAUAUCGACCCGAUCAACCUGCCACCCCUGCCACCCGGCAAGUCGGAAAUCGACGUCGCAGCAGAUUACCUGUUCAAGUUACGCCAGGCGAUUCGCGCACAGCUUCAGAAGACCCUCGGGGAGGUCUUCACGCGAGAGGAGCGAAACAUUCGAUAUUACCUGACCGUGCCGGCCAUCUGGAACGACGCGGGCAAAGCGGCGACCCGGACGGCGGCGAUCCAGGCGGGGUUCUUGCGCGAUGAAAAUGACAACCGAUUGACCCUGGUCUCGGAGCCGGAAGCGGCAGCGCUAUUUUGCGCCAAGACCGGAUUGCUCAAUCUCAAAGUGGGCGACGCCAUUUUGAUCGUGGAUUGCGGAGGUGGCACCGUCGAUCUCAUCGCCUACGAGGUGGAGGAAGAACAGCCGUUCAGCGUGGCCGAAUGCACGGCGGGAUCGGGCGAUUCGUGUGGUUCGACCGCGUUGAACCGCAACUUCAGCAACAUCUUGCGCGCCAAGAUCCGCAAAAUGAAGCUCCCGGACGGAUCCCGCACGGCGGGCAAGGUCUAUGCCAAAUGCAUUAUGGAUUUCGAGAAUCGUAUCAAGGCAGACUUCCGGAACAACGGUCAAAAGUGGGCGGUCGACGUGGGUAUCGAAGCCGAUUUCCCCGAUGCGGGCAUCGAGGAAGGGUACAUGACCUUUACCAACGAGGAGAUUCUCCAAUGUUUCGAGCCCGUGGUGAACCGCAUUCUCGAGCUCGUUCGCAACCAGAUCAUUGCCAUUCAAGCCCAAAACCGACUGCUUCAGAAUGUGUUGGUCGUGGGAGGAUUCGGUGCCUCUGAAUAUCUGUUCCAGCAAAUCAAACUGCACGUGCCGCCGCAGUAUCAGACCAAGGUUGUCCGUCCGAUGGACUCCGUCGCUGCCAUCGUCAAGGGUGCCGUGACUGCCGGUAUUACCGAACGGGUCAUCACGCACCGUGUGGCUCGUCGGCACUACCUGAUGGCCACGCUGCAGCCUUUCAAGGAAGGAUACCAUCCGGAGCAAUACCGGGUGCCGAGCCUUGAUGGCCGCGAUCGCUGCAAGUACACUCGGCAGAUCUUUGUCCAAAAAGGAGAGCGGGUGAAGAUCGGGGAGCCCGUCAAGGUGAGCUUCUUCCGUCAAGUGGCGCCCGGCGCGACACUCAUGUACGAGGAUGUGUUAUACGCCUGCGACGAAGAUGUCUGCCCUGAAUACACCAAAGAUCCCCGCAUCAAGGAGGUCGUCACCCUCACCUCGGAUCUGUCACGGAAGAACCUUGAAACCGACUUUGAGCGCAUGGACACUCCACAGGGUGUCUUCUACCGCGUAUACUUUGAUAUCUACCUGACUCUGGAUGGUAGUGAAUUCAGUGCCGAGUUGGUCUGUCAAAACGAAGUCAUGGGCCGCUGCCGGGCCAAAUUCCGUUAA